AUGGGCCCCUGUACCGCCUCCUCAUGCUGCUGCCAGGCCCGUAAUCUGCCAUGGGCCCCCGUACCGACUCCUCAUGCUGCUGCCAGGCCCGUAAUCUGUCAUGGGCCCCUGUACCGCCUCCUCAUGCUGCUGCCAGGUCCAGAGUGUGUCAUGGGUCCCUGUACGGCCUCCCAUUGCUGCUGUCUCCAUCGCCACACUCUGCCAUGUGCCACUUUCAGGUCUCCUCACACACUGCUGGUGGGUUCCAUUUUGUCAUAGGGUGCUGUAUGGCCUCCCAUUGCUGCUGCCUCCACCGCCACACUGUGGCUCCACACUCUGGUUUUGGCCCCGUGACUGCCCAAAUGAGUGAAGUGUGCGGUGAUUCUAAGAUCGACGGCACUCAUCUGCAUGUCAUACUGACUGACAGUAUUAUUUCUCUUCCCCAGCAGACUCCAAGGGCAUUUAAAUUAAAGGUACAGUGUUCUGCACUAAUAUAA